GCCGCGUACACGCUUACCGAAAUUUGACUCCGUGACCCAUCCGGCGACGUCGAUUUGCAUUUCGUUCGGUAUCGUUUCUCAAUUCGGAAUGUAACAUAAAAUUCUCGUCGCAAAUGACAUUUCGAAGGCAAUCGCUAUCCUUUUCCUCCCGCGGAUUAUGUAGUGCAGUUAUUUUUGAGAGAACGCUCUUAUCAUACGUCGGCCCUGAAGAUCACGAUAAUCGAAACACAGCUUCUAGAGCACUCUGUUGCGAGAUCUACGAGGAAGUGGUUUACUCAGCCGCAGCAAUACAUACGACGACCGGCCGCGGCCGUAGUGUACAUUACGUUGGUGUACAUAUGUAUGUACAUACAUUGAAUUUUUAGGUAGUUCUUGGUCAUCAUCAUUUUCAAUCAUCUUUUUCGUCGCCACAAUGGACACUGAUGUUGAAUCUUGUCUGAAAGAUUGGAACGACUUAGCACAAGAUUACAAGGAAUUAGAAGCACUAAACAGGGAAUAUCUUGCAAAAUUAGAAGAGGUAAGCGAACUCCAGGUAAAAUGCUUGAAAGGCAUUUCUCAUCAGAGGUAUAGGAUGGGUGUAAUAUCAAAAUCGUUGAAACAAUUACACGCGAGCGGAGCACGACAGAGUCUAGACAAGCAUAUGACGAAGAGGAAGCAGCAAUUACAUGAAAUAGAACAAACAUUACCAAAAGCAAAUGGCACAUACCUUCAAAUUAUUUUAGGCAGUGUUAACGUUUCCAUAUUAAAUAAAAGCGAUAAAUUCAAGUAUAAGGAUGAAUAUGAAAAGUUCAAAUUAGUCCUUUCUGUAAUUGGUUUUAUUUUAUCUGUGAUAAACCUAGUAACUAAUAUCAGAACCUUGGAACUUAGUUUUAUGUUCCUUUUAGUCUGGUACUAUUGUACGCUGACGAUAAGGGAAAGUAUAUUGAAAGUAAACGGUUCGAGAAUUAAAGGCUGGUGGAGAUUUCACCAUUUCCUUUCGACCGUGGUUUCUGGAGUUUUGCUAGUAUGGCCUAACACAGGGCCAUGGUAUGCAUUUCGACAACAAUUUAUGUGGUUCAACGCGUACAUUAGUUUCGUGCAGUAUUUGCAAUUCUGUUAUCAACGCGGUGUUUUAUAUCGCUUGAAAGCAUUAGGCGAAAGACAUAACAUGGAUAUCACUAUAGAAGGUUUUCAUUCGUGGAUGUGGCGGGGACUGUCGUUUCUCUUACCAUUCCUUUUUAUCGGAUAUCUAUUCCAAUUGUAUAACGCGUACAUGUUAUAUACGUUAACAUCCCAUUUGGAAGCUACGUGGCAUGUUCCAGUUCUCAGUGCAAUGUUCCUGGUCCUCUUCCUCGGUAAUAUGAUAACUACUAUUAUGGUGAUUCCUCAAAAGUUAAGACAACGUGUGAGAGAUCAUCUUCCCGGAGUGUUUGCAUCCAAAGCCGAGAAAAAAAGAGAGGUGAAUAAUGAAGAGGACGCAAAGGAUACAAAAUUUGAUUAAAAAGACAAUAACGUGUAUCAAGUACAUUGACCAACGAGGCGAGAAUGAGAGAAAAAUAAUAAUAAAGAAUGAGCAAAAUGCAAAGAUAAUAGCAGUCUGAGAAACCAAGUAGUUAGAUAUAUUAGUUCUGAACGAAAAAGUGCACAGAAUACCAAAAAGUAGAUGGAACGUUCUACAAUUUACCGGAUUCUUUCUUCUGUGAAUCAACGUCUUUCUACAACUAUUACUAAGCACAAGACUAAGUUAACUAGCGUUCCAGCUCGUUGCAACAUACCUAGAAAUAAUUUUCUCGGAAGCAUUCUUUUUCUAUACCUUUUCAUAUCUCCAGGGACCGAUUAACUUUAUACGGCUGUACUACCUUAAAGCUUUAUUCUUGUAUAUGCUGUUAAAAUGUAAAAAAAAAUAUGAACGUGUAUUUGUCACGCUCAUUUUCAAAAUUUCGUUGUAUUAGGUAUUAAUCUAACUUACAAUUAGUCAUACAUUUCACUGAUAUCAUGCAGGAAACAAUAUACUAUACCUUUUGCAGCUUUUUUAUGAGUUCUUUAUUUUUUAAAAUUUUUUAGUCUGCCUCUAAACAUAAAUGUGAAAGACAUCGGACAUAUUUGCGAAGGAGAGACCGUGUUGGUAAAUAACUGGUAGUGGUACAUACGAAACAUGAAUUAUCAUUAUGAAGUUAUCAUUGUAACGCUCUGCAUACAUUUAUGCCAUGAUUAUUUAAUUAGAAUAACAUGUACUCACGCACACCUUUGUAUGUCAGUGCUCACUCUGCUGCUAAAAUAGUUAUUCGUAUGUCGUGCAUGACACUCCAAAAAGUGUAUGUAAUAUAAAUAUUAUUUGUU